AAGCUAGUCAGAACCAAACAACAAUUAAAGGAUGAAUACAAUCAUUCCAAUAUUUCUUUGUGCUUUAGCCAACGUUGCAUUUGCAAGGGAUCCGCCUGAUGUAAUUCCUCAACAAAUAUGCUUUUAUGAUGAUAAAACUUAUGAAGAUGAGGAUUACGUUUACACCGGCCCAUAUGAAGAUACAGGAUGUUAUGUCUACUGGUGCAAGAAUGCCCAAAUCCAACCUAAAUACUUUAUUGACUGCGAUCCACCACCGAUUCCUUCAUGUCCGAAAGAAUUUACUCCAAAUAAAUGUUGUCCCAAAUAUCUUUGCACAGAAAUCACGAAUCACGUGCCUCAAACAAAAAAAUGUGUUUUUGUAAGGAAUUAAAAAAAUCAAAUUUAUUCUGAGAUUCAAUAAAAUUGUUUAAUUCACGAC